ACAUCGGUAUGCUUUUUCGAUCUGUCAGCGACUCUUGUUGUACACGUCAUUAGCAUACACAACGUAACGCUGAAUUGACUGAUUAGACGCUUUCGAUCGAAUUUUAACGUAACGUAUGCUUGUUGUGCGAACAAAUCCUACCUGUGAUGCCUAUGGUUUAUAUCUAAACGACAAAGGACACAUUUAAACAUAUGGAUAAGCAAACGUGUUAUAACGGGCGUUACGUUGUGAGUGUUUUGUUCUGGAUUACGUCGAUGGUGUGAGCUUAAGUUUCUCACGCUACAUUUGACGCGAAAUGCGAAGUAGGAGAAUGCUGUGCCGCAAACAGUGCAUCUUUUUGAUCGUUGUGCUUCCACUACUCAUAGUGCCCGCCGUGUUAAUCAUCAAACACUCAGACGGACACAUAGACGAGAUCUUCAUCCCUCCUAAACGUCUGCCCAACAGCCAGGGAACGUACAUCGGGCCGGUUGUCCAGUAUGAACACGUCAACUUAACGGGAGUACAAAAAAUUGUCCGACCGAUAGACGCGCCAAAAGCACGCCCUGCAAAAUGUAAUGACUACGUUUGGUCAGGAAACUGCCGCGACACCUGCUAUUCCUUCAACAUUCUAGUGAGGAAGAAGCAGAGAAAGCAGAUCGUUCUGAAAUGUGAGAAAUCAAAGACUCAGCUAAACAGCGUCUACACGCCGAAACAGAAAAUGGUACACAAGGUAGACUUCCGAGAUUCGUGUCUUCAAAAGGUCACGGAAUGGUACUGCCGCGACAAGCUGAGCGUUCCGAAUAUCGUUCACUAUGUGUGGUUCGGCAAAUGGGAAUUUCAGUUCAUUCAUUUCUUGAGUUUUCUGAGCGCGUUCAAGGUUCAAAAGCCAUGUUUGAUAAUGGUCCACGCAGACAAGCUACCGACCGGAAAUUUGUGGAACUAUUUCUUGCAAAUCUGCCAAAAAGUAGUCCAUGUCAAACGUAAGCAACCGAAGACGGUCAUGGACAAAAAGCUGACGUUUAUUGAACACAAAGCCGAUGUCGCCAAACUAGAGGCAUUGAAAGAGUACGGUGGUAUCUACCUGGACACCGACCAGGUGUUGUUGAAGCCCCUCGAAAAGUUCCGCAGCUAUGACGUCACCAUCGGCCUCGACAACGGAGGUCAGGUCGCAAACUCCAUAAUCCUCGCCAAGAAGAACGCGGCGUUCAUCAAACUCUGGCUCGAAGAGUAUCGGACUUUCACGAAGAAUGACGGAAACAAGCACUCGCAGAUAAUACCCUUCACCCUCGCGCAAAAGUUUCCGCACUUCGUUAAAAUAGUCGGUGAUGAGCUCUCCGCACCGAACGCGCACAAAAUAUCGGAUUUGUACGCGCGUAACGUCGACUGGACGCGUCAGUACGGGAUGCACAUGCAUCUCAAGCUUCGACAAAAGUCGUUCGGAAAAGAGAAAUUCGACAUGCACACUGUUAAAACUAUGAACACAACGGCCGGCGCGGUUGCUAGGUACAUUCUUUAUGGUAACACGGAUUUGUGCACGUCGCCAAAAGGGUAUAUAAUACAUUAGGACUCCCUUUAUUGUUUCUGGUAUGAACGUUCGUAUUCCCUUUAGCGUAUGUUUCAAUGUGCUUAUGUAAAUAACCACUGCAUAAUUGAUUACGUUUGCCAAUGUUUAUUUUACGUGUAAGUAUGUCGAUUUUAUGAUU